AAAAGAUGAAAAAAAUAAAAUAAAAGAUAAAAAAUCUAAAAUUAAAGAAGAAUCAAAACCAAAUGAUAAUAAUCAAAAAGUUGAUAAAAAACGUAAAAAGAAACAAGAAGAUGAAGAAGAACAUAUUUGGAAAUGGUGGGAAGAAGAAAGUCCUGGUGAAGGUAUUAAAUGGAAAACAUUAGAACAUAAUGGCCCAGUAUUUCCACCUGAUUAUGAACCAUUACCGAAAAAAAUUCGAUUCUAUUAUGAUGGUAAACAUUUAGAAUUAUCACCUGAAGCUGAAGAAGUAGCCGGUUUUUAUGCAAGAAUGUUAGAACAUGAUUAUACAUCAAAAGAUAUAUUUAAUAAAAAUUUUUUCAAAGAUUGGCGUAAAACAAUGAAUGAAAAAGAACGUGAAUUAAUAAUCGAUUUGAAAAAAUGUAAUUUUCAUGAAUUAAAUGAAUAUUUUAAACAACAAUCCGAAUUACGUAAACAAAUGACAAAGGAAGAAAAAUUAGAAAUUAAAAAGAAAAAUGAAGAAGCUGUUAAUAAAUAUGGUUAUUGUAUUGUUGAUGGUCAUAAACAAAAAAUUGGUAAUUUUCGUAUUGAACCACCGGGUUUAUUUCGUGGUCGUGGUGAACAUCCUAAAAUGGGUAAACUGAAAAAACGUGUACAACCGGAAGAUAUUAUUAUAAAUAUUGGUGAAAAAGCUAAAGUACCUGCACCACCGGCCGGUCAUAAAUGGAAAGAAAUAAGACAUGAUAAUACUGUUACAUGGUUAGCAUCAUGGACAGAAAAUAUAAUGGGUAAUGUUAAAUAUAUAAUGCUAAAUCCAUCAUCCAAAUUGAAAAGUAUAAAAGAUUGGCAAAAAUAUGAAAAAGCAAGAGAAUUGAAAAAAUAUGUUGAUAAAAUACGUUCAGAUUAUCGUAAUGAUUUUAAAUCACGUGAAAUGAUGCGUAGACAACGUGCUGUUGCAUUAUAUUUUAUCGAUAAAUUAGCCCUUAGAGCGGGUAAUGAAAAAGAAGAAGGUGAAACAGCCGAUACUGUUGGUUGUUGUUCAUUACGUGUUGAACAUAUUACAUUACAUGCAGAAAAAGAUGGUAAACAAUAUGUUGUUGAUUUUGAUUUUCUUGGUAAAGAUUCUAUACGUUAUGUUAAUUCGGUUUCGGUGGAAAAACGUGUAUUUAAAAAUUUAAAACAUUUUAUUGCUGAUAAAUUUCCGGGUGAUGAUCUAUUUGAUCGUCUUAAUACAUCAAGUUUAAAUAAGUAUUUAAAUUCUUUGAUGGAUGGCCUAACGGCAAAAGUAUUCCGUACAUAUAAUGCAUCAAAUACUCUACAAAAACAAUUAAAUGAAUUAACCAAACCUGAUAUGUCAAUGCCGGAAAAAUUAUUGGCUUAUAAUCGGGCAAAUCGUGCCGUUGCAUUACUUUGUAAUCAUCAAAAAUCUAUUUCAAAAACACACGAUAAACAAAUGGAAAAUCUUAAUAGUAAAAUUAAGGAUAAAAAAACACAGAUUAAAGAACUGAAAAAACAAUAUAAAGAAACGAAAAAAGAAUCGGGUGCAAAAGAAAAAUAUGAAAAAAAAUUACAAACAUUAAAAGAACAAUUGAAAAGAUUGGAAGUUGCUAAAGUUGAUAAAGAAGAAAAUAAACAAAUUGCAUUGGGCACUUCAAAAUUAAACUAUCUUGAUCCACGUAUCAGUGUUGCAUGGUGCAAAAAAUAUGAUGUUCCAAUCGAAAAAGUUUAUAAUAAAACACAACGUGAUAAAUUUCGUUGGGCUAUCGAAAUGGUUGGUCCUGAAUAUCAAUUCUAAUUGCAAAAAAAAAAUCAAUAAUUGGUAAAUGAUGAUAAUAAUAAUGCUGCAUAUCGUUCAAAUGUUCAAUAUUUUUAGUGUGUGUUUUUUUUCUGUUUGGACAAAACAAAAUCAUCGAAAGAAUUAUUUUUAUUUCAAUCAAUUGAGAAUCCAAUGGAAAAAAAACUAUUGAUCGCGACCACC